UGAAAAGACGGAUUGUUCUUUUUCAGUGAUACUUCAAGAUGAAAUGUACUAUAUCUUAACUCUAAAGAAAUCUGGUGUUUUACCUUGUCGUUUCGAAGGUUAGAAUAUGGGAACAAUUUCGAAUUCUUGCUAAAUGUCAUCUCUCUCCGCAUCGGUUGCAGAGGCUAAUAAGCUUACUUCUAGUGGUUAUUCAUCAGUUCAAGAUCCUGUUCGUUUUGCAAGGCGAGGUGCAUUGCGAGAAAAGAAUGUCUCAUAUGUGAAGGGUCAUGAGUUUGUUGCACGAUUCUUAAAACAAUUCACAUUUUGCGGGCAUUGUAAAGACUUCAUAUGGGGCCUUGGUAUACAAGGUGUUCAGUGCAAAACUUGUCUGUUUACGGUUCAUAAAAGGUGUUAUCAACUAGUUACUUUUCAAUGCCCUGGCGCAGAUACUGGGCCAGAUACAGACUUUGAGAAAAAGCACGAUUUCGUGCUGUACACGUAUACAAGCCCAACAUUUUGUGAUCACUGUGGUUCUCUUCUUUAUGGUUUGCUACAUCAAGGGUAUAAAUGUAAAAACUGCAAUCUAAAUGUUCAUAAGAGAUGUACAUCUAAGGCUCCACGACUUUGUGGAAUGGAUCAUACAGAAAGGAGAGGCCGGAUGAAGGUUUCAAUUACAGCUCAAACAGGAAGAUUAAAAGUUGAAAUUUUCGAAGCUAAAAAUCUUGUUCCAAUGGAUCCAAAUGGUCUAGCAGAUCCGUAUGUGAAAAUCAAACUGCUGCCCAGUGACGAGGGUGGUAAAUCCAAGCUGAAAACAAAAGUCUGUCGAUCUACACUAAAUCCUGUGUGGAAUGAGACGUUUUACCUUGCUAUAUCAGAUGACGAUCAUUCAAAGCGUCUUUCAAUUGAAGUUUGGGAUUGGGAUCGUACUUCUCGAAAUGAUUUUAUGGGUUCUUUUUCCUUUGGGGUUAGUGAAAUCAUUAAAGAAUCUGUGUCAUCAUGGUACAAACUAUUAAAUCAAGAGGAGGGUGAAUUUUAUUCAUUACCAUGUAUUGAUGAAUUUAACACGGCUGUUUUAGAAUUGCGUAAACGUAUGGAACGUAUGUCUACUGAACAUUUAAACUUGGCAAGUAGUCAAAAUAAGAUAUCAACCUCAUCAACAAUGUCACAGCAUAAACCAGAUAUUCCUCGACCAAGUGAUUUCAAUUUCCUUUAUGUUUUAGGGAAAGGUAGUUUUGGAAAGGUUAUACUUGCUGAACAGAAACAUAUGGAUGAACUAUUUGCUGUGAAAAUUCUGAAAAAAGAUGUAAUUUUACAAGAUGAUGAUGUAGAAUGUGCUAUGACAGAGCGUAGAGUUCUUGCUUUGCCGAAUAAAUCCCCUUUUUUAGUUCGAUUACAUUCAUGUUUCCAAUCUAUGGAUCGAUUAUAUCUUGUGAUGGAAUAUGUAAAUGGUGGAGAUCUUAUGCAUCGCAUUCAACAAGAAGGAAAAUUCAAAGAACCUGUAGCUGUAUUCUAUUCAGCUGAAAUCUCAUUAGGUUUAUUUUAUUUACAUAAUCAUGGGAUUAUAUACAGGGAUCUUAAAUUGGAUAAUAUUCUAUUAGACUGUGAAGGUCAUAUUAAAAUAGCUGAUUUCGGUAUGUGUAAAGAGGGAAUAUUUGAUGAGAAAAAAACACGUACAUUUUGCGGCACACCUGAUUAUAUUGCACCAGAGAUUAUUAGGUAUGAACUAUAUGGGAAAUCUGUGGAUUGGUGGUCGUUUGGUGUAUUAGUUUAUGAAAUGCUUGCAGGUCUGCCUCCAUUCGAUGGUGAAGAUGAAGAAGAGUUAUUUCGAAAUAUUGCUUCACAAGACGUUGCUUAUCCCCGACAUAUGUCUAGAGAAGCUUGUAUGCUAUGCCGUGGUUUACUUAUACGAAACCCUAAUGAACGGCUUGGGUCGGGACCGAAUGGGGAAAAAGAUAUUCGGCAACAUCAAUUUUAUCGUCACAUUGAUUGGCAUAAACUGUCAAAUUUGGAAAUUCAACCACCAUUCAAACCUCGCAUUAAAAACAAACGAGAUGUGAAUAAUUUUGACUCAGAAUUCACUAAAGAACCGCCUAAACUAACUCCAACAGAUAAAUUAUUCAUAAUGAAUUUGGAUCAAACUGAAUUUUCUGGAUUUUCCUAUGUAAACCCUGAAUAUAUACUAGAAGUAUGAUUGAAUGAAGUCUAAAUAGAAAAAUAUUAUACACGUAUAUCUAUGCUUAUAAUUUGUCAGCGUUCCAAUAUUCGAAUCAAUUUAAUCUGUCAUCAUGUAAUCUAUUUUCAACUGAAUGAUGAAUGAAUUCACUUAACGUUCAUUCACACACAAUAUUCAUACAGCUCAUAAGAUUUCAAUAUCAUUAAAAUUAAAAAUCAAGAAAAGAUUUAUCCUCAUGCUAUCCAUUUAUCUUAAUUAUGACCUCAUUUGUUUCUUGGUGUUCUUGAGAAUAGAUAUCUUGUUAUUUACUCUUUUUUUAAUAAAGAUCAAUAUCCUGUUCUAUAUUCGUAUCAAGCCAGUGAGAGGGAUAAAAGUUGAUUAUGUGUUUAUUUUCAUUUCAAUUGUAUAAUCCUGUUCUGUAUGAUUUGCUCUUUCCAUGUUUGUAUUUUAAAAAGAUCAACUACACUUUAAUGUUGGUCCUUCUUCAAUGACUGUUAUUUUCUUCUACUGCUACCUUCCUUUAAAAUAACUUUUUAAACAUUUUCCACCCUUUGCGUCUAGCAUUAUUCUGUGUUUUUCGUUGACAGAAAUCAACUCACAAAUCUUUGAUUUAUUAUUGUUAGUUUUUGACGUGAGUCAAUUGUCGUCUUCGUCUUAAGUUGUUGAGUUUCUUCUCUCUGUAGUAGUUGUCUCUCUCUCUCUCUUGAAUAAACUGUUCAUUAUUUUGUUAACUAACUGAGAUAAGUACCAUCGCUACUUGUAUUUGUUUUACGCAUGUAUUCUUGAUAUUGAUCAUUACAUAUAAAUUCGUAAUUUUGUGAAUUUUUCAUGUAUAUCAAAAUUUGACUCGGAUGCUUUUAAUAAAAACAUCCACUUGUUUUUCAUGUUUCCUAUGCCUUUUUGAAUAUUUCGUAACACAGUCACGUUUAGCAAUAUACGCUACAAGAUAUAUUCUUCUUUUGUUCUCAAUUACACCAAAUAGAAAAUUGUAGUUCUGUUUGCAACGCUGGCUAUAAUAUGGCUUUCUUGUAAUGAAGAAAAACAGCAGAUUUCAUUGAUACCAUUUUAUGGAAUAUUUUUCAACUCAUAUUGGCUGUAAACCUUCGAUAUUUUGUUUUCGUUUUGGUUUGUUUUAUUUCUUCUAACUAAUACCCUAUAAAAACUCACACAUAUUGUACGAAUGAAAAACAUAUUCCAGCCAAAUGAUCUUUUUUCUUGCUUUAAAUUUACUGUUUCUUACCUUGAUGGACAGAAAUGGUCGGUUUAAAAGUAUUUCUCACUAUUUAUUCUUACGUAUUGUGUGUGUAUUGUGAAUGUCCAACGUAAGUGCCUAGUCUUGUUUUUGUUCCUGAUUUUUAAUACACCGCUUAUGUUAUAUACUUGUGUAAGUUGAAGAACAUGUACUUAACCUUGUUUGGGAAUAUUCCUAUAACUAAAGUGUUGGCGUCAAACUUUAAUAGUAUCAUGUUGAUUAAACACCCAUAUACUCUUUGAAGUAUAAUUUUCCGCCAAUCCUUUCAUGGUUUAUUAUCAAAUUAAGUAUUUAUGUGAUAUAAAUUUCGUUUGGUGGGUCGUGGUCGGUGUUUGUCUGUAUUUGUGUAACUCACGUUUUGUAACCUAGCUCAUACCAAUCAUACAACUUAUAAGGAACGAACUGUAACCUUUCUGAAAUCGACAUUUUGACGGGAUCAAUCAAUUGAGUCCAAGAUAUAAAAUUUACAAGCUUUUCAAGAGAUAUGACCUUUUUCGCCUUAUCACUGUCAUUAUUUUUUCAGAGAAAUAACAUCCCAUGAAAGUUUCAGAACAAUGGGAGUAGAUAUUUCACCAGAAGCUCAGGUUAAGACUGAUUAUUUAGUUUGUAUUUUUCUUUGAGCCCUCACUUACUUAUUACUUGCGCAAAUCCAGACCAUAAUAAUUGUUUAUAUUAUUGCAGUACUUUAGACCUAAAGAUAUAUAUUAGAUUGAGAGGGUGUGGAACACUAUAUAAAUGUUUGUAAGUUUACAAUCGAAAUUCCGUAAGUUGUUGCGACAAUACUAGUUUGAGAUAAACUUUUAUGGUCAACUCAGUUUCCAUGACUUAUGAGAAAUAUUUUAAACUGACAACCUGAAAUUAUUUAGCAUCUAAAUGAGACAUACAAUUCCAGUUUUACUAUUUUCACACUGAUCACAUAACAUAACUUUUUCUACAUUAAUUCUUCUUCUACCCAAUUUCUCAGCAUUUAAAUUUUACUCGUUUUCACUAUAUUCAUACGCGUUUGAGCACGGUAAGAACGUUAGUUUCUCACGAAGACACUCGCCAUUUCGUUUCAAUGACCUUGAACGGACUAUUAUGAGGUGUCUGCUACGUAAAUGAAGUGAUGCGGUUUGGUUCAGAAUUCGUUGGGUUGCGUGGUUCUUACAUCUCAUAUCUAGGUAGUCUGUCGUCGUAUUAAAAUCACAAAAUCAUUUCAAAGAAGAUUAACCGGCAUUUUUUCUUAUAUAAUCUAAACUUUGGCUUGAUUGUUGCUUUAUAACUUGAUGUUGGAAACCAAUAGCUCUGCAGAGCUUCAUCGCUAUUGUUGAAAACUUGGUCAGGUUCAUAAGAUAACGUAUUAUCAGAUGGGAUGCAAUAACAUCGGCAAGGAAAACGGUGAGGCUCUAACUUAUGGACGACCUUUGAACGAAUCUUUAGUGACCUUAAGAAAUAUUAGCCAACCAGCAAACAGUCGUCAUAGAGUAAAAAGAUGUUAUACAAAACCAAGGAAAUAAAGUGGGUACACUUCUCUUUCAAAAACUCGUCAAGGUUAGAAAGAGGUUCAAAGGUUCUAAAAUUGUAAUGCAUGCAGUAGAGGAAAUCAUCCAUACGGCUACAGAAUAGUCGGCCUCUGGAGCCAUGAUAAAAUCUCAAAAACUCUUUCAGCCUCGAUCAAAUAGCUUCAAUAUUGUUUAUGUACACUCCGCUUGUUGAGUACACAAAAUGCUACUCGUGGAUAACGACACGAUGCACAUAACCAAGCCUAUACAGGAGUCUGUACGCCCUCCAAACAUCCGUAUAUAUUGUAGUACAUGGCUGCAACCAGCGUUACGGGUGCUUUUAUUAUCCAGUCUUAAAUAAUUGUCAUAAUUUGCCUCAGUUA